CGCGGCCGUGACGUCACUGCGGGGGACGCGGCGCAGCAAGAUGGCGGCCGAGGCGGCGACGCUCUUCCGCUGCCAGCUGUGCCGCCGCAGCGCCUUCGACGGUCGCCGGAGCCACCUGUACAGCGCGGGGCACCAGCGGCGGCUGCGCGCGGCCCUGGCCCGGCUGGGCGAGAAGGUGGCGGCGGCGCGGGCGGCGGCGCGGCGGGCGGAGGUGCUGCCCUUCCAGCCCGGCGAGCACGAGCGGCGCGUCUGGUGCCCCUGCUGCGCGCGCGAGGUCCGGAGCCACCUGAGCCGCGGCGCGCGGACGGUGCUGCACGGCGGCCUCCUGGAGCACCUGGCCAGCCCGGAGCACGAGAGAGCCGUGGCCGCCUUCUGGAGGAAGAACAGGGCCGACCCCAAGCAGAAGGCCGACUUCCUGCUGUCCGCGGCGGAGUACCGGCGCUUCCAGGAGUCUCUCUGUGAAGCCCUGGAUGCUUAUGAAGAGAAGGAAGAUGCAGCAUCCAGGAGGCUGCAGCUCACAUCCGAGACAUGGAGCAGAAGAGACGAGAGAUGGUACAGGCCAUCAACUGGGCAGCUGUUAACUUUCAUUGGCCACCAGGAAACAGGUGGGGAGGGCAACAUUCACACAGGAGCAAAACCUCCCUGGCUGAUGGAUGAAGAGGAAGGCGAAAGGCAGAUUGGACCUUCCUAUGAAGAAUACCUUCAGGAAAGACAGAAGCAGAAACUGAAGCAGCUUCCCCCAAGCCGCGUUGGGGCCAACUUUGACCAUUCAUCUCAGACAGGAGAUGCUUGGCUCCCCUCCUUUGGUGUUUGGAAUCAUGGUAGAAGGUGGCAAUCCAGACAUCAGUUCAAAGCUGAAUCUGCAAAUAAGCAGCCUGGGUCCAAGAGGAAAGGCCUUGAAACAGCUAAAAGUCUUCGUCCCCGAGGCAGCAGAAUUCAAAGCCAUUAAUCAAAAGAAGCCCAGCUGCUGCUACGGAAGACUUGUGGUGGCUCCUGUGAAAUGAACUCUGCUCCUCUAGCCUUAUGCACGCAAUUGUAUUACAUUAUAAUAAAACCGUUGUUAUAAUUGUAUAUGGCUUUUACUAAAAAUAUGGUUUCCAAUAAAUGUAAGCUAUUACAAAUAUUAAAAGGUGCAUUUGUCUAAGAUCCGCAAAGCAAAUAUGAGAUUGCAGAAAAUAUUGCCAUCAAAGUUAGGAGCUCAUCUAUGAUUUUCGAUAUAUCCCUUGUUUAUUCAGUUGUGCAAACUUAUCAAGAGAGACCACUACUUGCACUGCCACACAGUUAUAAAGCCAAUGCUUUCAUAAUGUUUUAUUUCAUGAACCCAAUUCUGCAAAUCUUUUUGUUAUUCAAAAACAGUAGAGCCAUAUUACCCCUUGCAUAAUAAUUGGCACUUGCUGAGAUCGUUACAAAGCCUCAAAAGAGUUUAAUCAAUUUAUUUUUUUGUGUAUACAAGU